GAUUUGGAGCCCUUGCUCCUCAGCCGCAUUUGCGAUCGGGGCGUGGAACUGCAGCCCGAGAAUCUCAUCGUCACCAGGACGCAGUCUGGCUAUGUGAAACAAACCUAUGCAGAGCACGGUCGGCGCGCGAAGCAGCUGGCCUCUGCCUUAUCGAAGUGGGGCGUGAAGAUCGAGGAUCGCGUCGCAACGCUUAUGUGGAACACAGGCUGGCACUUUGAAUGCUACCACGCCAUCUCGUGCAUGGGCGCCGUCCUGCACACAUUGAACCUUAGGCUUAGCGCUGCAGACCAGAACUACAUCAUCUCUCACGCGCAGGACAGGAUCAUCAUUGCCGAUGCUGUCCUCUUGAAAAACCUUGCCGAGGUUGAUCCAGCUGUGUUGGCCUCGGUCGAGCUCUUCAUAUGUGUGGGCGAAGACGGUGAGCCUGGCAAGUGGUCUCUCCCUCCAGAGCUGGAUGUCAAGAAGGCGGUCGACUAUGAGACCUUCCUCGCAACCGGCAGCGAGGAUUUUCAGUGGCCCUUGGUGCCAGAGACCUCCACCAUGGGUUUAUGCUACACCUCGGGCACCACCGGACGACCAAAAGGUGUUGGAUAUUCACAGCGGUCAACGUAUCUGCACACGCUCAUGUCCAACGGAGUGGAUCAGCUUGCAAUCUCUGGCCGUCAAGUGGUGCUCCCGUUUGUCCCAAUGUUCCACGUCCUCAGUUGGGGUGUGCCCUUUAAUAUUCUGAUGAUGGGCUGCCGCGCUGUGUUUCCUUCCAGCUUCACAGAUGCAGGAUCCUUGCUGCAGGCGAUGGGUGAUUGGAAAGUCCAGCUGUCCUGCGGUGUGCCAACCGUCUGGCAGGGCGUGCGGUCACAGAUUGAGAAAGAAGGCUUGGCGCAGUGGAAGCCGAAGCUGGCGUUGCAGCGACUGGUUUGCGGAGGCUCUGCUCCCGCGCCAGAGAUGAUGAGAUGGUACCUG